AUGAGUCUAAUGGGAGAGUUAAACUACUUUCUCGGACUUCAAAUCAAACAACUCAAGGAAGGGACGUUUGUGUAUCAAAACAAGUACUGCCAAAAGUUUCUUAAAUGCUUCGGAAUGGUAGAUGCAAAUUGUAUUGACACUCAAAUACCCACAAACGAAAACUUGGACAAAUAUGAAAAUGGUAAGGAUGUUGACGUGAAAAGGUAUAGAAGUAUAAUUGGAUCUUUCUUAUAUCUUACUGCAUCUAGGCCUGACAUUAUGUUUAGUGAGUGCAUGUGCGUUCAAUAUCAAUCUGCUUCUAAGGAAUCCCAUUUAAAAGUUGUUAAGUGCAUCCUUAGAUACCUUCAUGGUACUUAUAAAUAUGGGUUUUGGUAUCCCAAAAGAUGCGAUUGUAGUUUAGUUGGUUACUCCGAUUCUGAUUUUACUGGUUGCAAAUUGGAUAGGAAGAGCACUAGUGGAACUUGA